AUGGCUCGGACGUGUCCACAUUGUGGAUGCUCCGAUAUCGAUGAGGAUACAGGGCGAGGCGAUGCCACCUGUAUGCGAUGCGGAACCGUUCUUGAAGAAUCAAUUGUUGUGGCUGAAAAUCAGUUUCAAGAGAGAUCUGGUGGUUCUGGUCACACUCUAGUCGGUCAAUUUGUAUCUCUUGAGCGCGGGCAAGCUCAGGCGCGAGCUGCCGCUCACGGAUUGGUCUCACAAGAAUCUCGAGAAGUCACUUUUGCGCGUGGCAGGAAACUCAUAGAAGAAAUAGCUAGUCAACUUCGAAUAAAUCAACAUUGCAUUGAUACAUCGUACAACUUUUUCAAGAUGUCAGUCAGUCGUAAUCUCACACGUGGACGCGUCAGAUCUCAUGUAGUAGCUGCUUGUUUAUAUAUGACCUGUCGCCUAGAGAACACGGCGCAUUUACUUCUUGACUUUAGUGAUGUUACCCAGGUGAACAUGUUUGAUCUCGGUCGUACGCUUAACUUUCUAUCUCGUUCUUUACGGAUCAAUCUGCCGUCCACGGAUCCCUGUCUCUACAUAAUGCGAUUCGCAUGUCUUAUGGAGUUAGGAGAGAAGCUCAAAGAGGUUGUGAAUCUCGCUACUAGGCUGGUUCAGCGGAUGAAGCGAGAUUGGAUGUCUAUGGGUCGUCGGCCAACAGGACUGUGUGGCGCUGCACUUCUCCUAGCAGCAAGAGCAUACAACUUCAACCGAACGAUCAGUGAUGUCGUCAAAGUGGUGCACAUUAGCGAGUCAGUGGUUAGGAAACGUCUGGAUGAGUUCAGUAAAACUCCGUCGUCUGCUCUGACAAUUGAUGAGUUCACCACUAUAGAUUUGGAACAUGAGGAAGAUCCUCCUGCUUUCCGUGAGAGCCGCAGAAAGGCCCGCGAAGAACAAAUCGCUAAAGAGGCUGAAAUGACUGCUCAAAUGGAGAGGGAGUUAGUACUUGGUGUUGAACGAGAUCUGGUGCUUCCCAUAGAGAAAGAGGUCGAGCGUGCCCUUGAAAAGAAAAGAAGGGAAAAGUUCAGGAAUACGCGAUAUGCGAAAAUUGUAGCCGGCGACUUAGAUGAUCCGGAAGUUGGAGUUGCUGAAGGAAACCUUGUGCGAAAUGAAAUCAUGGACUCAGUGUAUCGUGCUGCAGAUGAUGAAGAAGAAAGACCUAAGACACCAGACUACAGCCAUCUGGGGCCGACGUUACAUUCACUUGGUAUUAGUCCCCUGAAGCCAUCGCCUGUGCCAAGCUUGAAUACUUCGGUUGAGACAUCUACUCCUCUUCCAUCCCAAGACAGGCCUGAUGGAUCGCUGGACCUUUCAGGUAUUGACGACGACGAAAUUGAUACCUACAUCCUCACAGCAAAAGAAUCUGAAUUGAAAGAGCGCUUUUGGAUGAAGCUGAAUGGAGAACACCUCAAAGAAAUGGAGCGGAGGCGAAGAGAACGCGAAGAGGAGGAAGAGAAAGAAAAGGACAACCCGUCGAAGAAAAGACGACGACGUACGAAUGCUCCUCGACAGAACUUGGCAUCUAGUACAGCUAUUGAAGCUAUGGAGAAGAUUAUUCAUGAAAAGAAGCUUUCUAACAAAGUUAAUUACGAAAUUUUGAAAGAAAUUGAGCAUACGGCAACAGGAGUUGAACCAUUGGAGCGAGAGCCAAACUCUUCACAAGUGAUUGAGAAUGUGAAUAAUCUCGUAGCAACACUAGCGAUGGAUAAGAUGACAAAAUCUGAAAGCCUUUUGGGGAACACGGAUCCUUUCCCUAUUACGCCGGAGAACAUGUCACGAAGAGAAAGGGAAAUUGCCAGGAGAAACAAACCACUCAAAGACCCAUCAGCAUUGAGACUAGCGUUCAAAAUGGAACCAUCAACGCUGUUUGGAGGAGUCUCCGAAAUACCCAAAGCGGAAUCAAAACCCAUUGCUCUUAGCCGGACAAAAGCGAAAGGUUGGAUUUUAAACUGGAGGCUUACUCAACAAUACCUAAACGGUUGA